AUCAUCUGACAUCCACUAUCUUUGAAACGUCACUUUCUGUGUUCACAUCGUUCACAUACUGAAAUUUUCUUCCGCAAUUUGAUCUUUAGUUAGUUUUAUUCAUUAGAAUGGCUCGUGUUUUAGUCGGAGUAAAGAGAGUGGUUGAUUAUGCUGUUAAGAUUCGCGUUAAGCCGGACAAAACCGGUGUCGCAACGGAGGGAAUUAAACACUCAAUGAAUCCAUUCGACGAAAUCGCGGUGGAGGAGGCCGUCCAAAUGAAGGAAAAGAAAUUAGCUAGCGAAAUUGUUGCAGUUUCAGUGGGACCAGCGCAAUCGCAGGAAGUCAUUCGAACUGCAUUGGCAAUGGGCGCUGAUCGUGGCAUCCAUGUCGAUGUUUCUGGAGCUGAAUACGAUCUUCUUCAACCGUUGCACGUCUCCAAAAUACUUGCCAAAUUGGCACAAGAAGAGAAGAUCGAUUUGAUCAUCGUGGGCAAGCAAGCCAUUGACGAUGAUUCAAAUCAAACUGCUCAAAUGACAGCCGCCUUAUUGGACUGGCCGCAGGGCACAUUUUGUUCGAAGAUUGAGAAAACUGGCGACGGUUUUACGAUAACUCGUGAAAUCGAUGGCGGUCUGGAAACGAUUAAGACUAAAUCUCCGGCUGUAUUGAGUGCUGAUUUACGCUUGAAUACGCCACGAUAUGCAACAUUACCCAAUAUAAUGAAAGCGAAGAAGAAGCCAAUCAAGAAAGUAACACCGAAAGAUCUUGGCGUUGACACCGCUGCUCGCAUUGAAAUUGUUUCCGUCAACGAUCCACCAGUUCGUCAGGCCGGAGCUAUUCUGCCAGAUGUGGACGCUUUAAUCGGAAAGUUGAAAGAAGGCGGUCACGUGAAAUGAAGUUUCUGAUUUAAUUUUCAAUUUGUUUGGCGAUUAGUUUUGUUUCAUUGGCGAUGGAUUUAUGCAUUUCGUAGAAUUACAUUUUUAAAUUUCCCUAGAAA